CUGUCUGACAGUCAUACUAAGCGAAAGUCUAUUCUCGUCCUUCGGUGAACCAGACAACCGUCUUCUGGGGAACAAUCUGGGGAAUCAAUUGCGCCCCUCGCCGUUCUGAAUUGAGUGCACAUGGCUUUUUAAAGCUCCACUACCAGAGCUACUAUUCCCUUAGCUUUCCAAUAAUGCGUGGCAGGGAUCGUGCCGAGCACAGGUGCCGUCACACUCACAUCGAUCGAAUGGGGACUUGACGUCGUGGAGGAGGCUGCCCCCUGCUCCUUAUUAAUCUGACGCCGUCGACUUCGCCUCGUCGCGGUCGACAGGUCGUCGAAAUUAUGGCCUUGGAUCUAGUCCAAGAAGAUGGGUUGAUCUCCAGAACCGACAAGGGCAAAACUAGGCAGAUUCAGCAUGUGGAUGCCCCUUGUCAUGGCCCAACUGUCAAUGCGUUCUUGGUCCUAGCUUGCACGGUUUUUGGCGCAGCUUCGUUCCUGUUUGGCUUCGACGACAAAAUCAUCUCGCCCGUGGCCGCACUGAAGCCCUUUGUGGAAAAGUAUCAGGGUCCCAACCCAGUCACGGGUCAAUACGCAUUCACCGCUCGCAACCAGAACAUACUAUUCUCUGUUCCCUUGGUGGGAUCAGUUCUCGGGGGACUGGUGGCAUCGCCCUUAAACUUUCGUCUGGGUCGGAAAUGGCCUCUCAUAGGAGCAUAUAUCGUUUCUCUUAGUGGUGGGCUGCUUCAAGUUUUCGCUCCUAACCUGGCAGCGUUUGUGUGUGGGCGUUUCUUGAGUGCAAUUUCUAUUGGCAUUUCCAAUGCAACUGCGCCUUUGUAUCUUUCCGAGGUUGUCCCCGCUUCCAUGAGAGGUCGAAGUGUUUCGUUGACCAACAUUCUGAAUGUGACGGCUGGCGUGGUGGGCACUAUUGUGGUAUUUGGGACAGAAAAACUAGGGGGCCGAGAAACAUAUGUUAUUCCGCUGGCUAUACAAUGUGCUUUGCCCGUUAUCCUCUUUCUCCUGACACUACCACUUCCUGAAAGCCCCCAGUGGCUGAUCGCCAAAGGACGAACGGAGCAAGCCCAUUGCAACCUCCGCAAAUUACGUGGUUUCAGCGAUUCACAAGUCGAAGAUGAACUCCGGCUCAUGGAGCGAUGUGAAAACAAUAGACGCGAAGAGAAUUCAGACGUCCAGUUUUGGGAUAUAUUCCAGCGCAAGAACCUCAAACGAACUCUCACUGCUAGCUCCUUCUACUCUCUCAACCAAGUGUCCGGUAUCAUUCUCUCCACGACCUACACUGCCGUGUUUCUAACCGAGCUUGGGAUCGGUGGCCCUUUCUCUCUGACCGUCAUUGCAUCCUGCUGCACCCUUGCUGGAACCAUAGCGGCCCCAUUCGUCAUCGACCGCGUCGGACGUCGCCCCACGGCGCUCGUGGGGAUGAGCGCCCUUUUCAUCAUCGACGCUGUAGCCGGCGGGCUAGCAUUCAGCGCGGACAAAAGCUCCACUAUGACGAUUGCCGCCUUGUCCUUCGUCUUCAAUUUCUUCUGGGCCUCUUCUUUUUUCUCCAUGUCCAACCUAAUACCCUCGGAGAUAGCCACGCCGAAGCUCCGUAACCACACCAUGGCAUAUACGGUUGCCUGUGCCCAAACAACCGCGGUGAUUACCACCUUAGCGGUUCCCCAACUCACUUCUGCUGACGCUGCAAAUCUCGGGGCAAAGACGUACCUGGUUUUUGCGGGUUGUAUGGUCUGUAUCCUCAUAUUUGUAUACUUUUUUAUUCCUGAAACGCGAGGCCGGACCUUUGCGGAGAUUGACGAGAUGUAUGAUGCUAAAAUUCCCGUGUGGAAGUGGCGGAGAUGCGAGACUUCACUCGCAGCCAAAACGGGUGAGAGUCGAUUAGAACCGUCAAAGAGAGUUUGAAUCAUGGCCACGGCCGCAGCAUGUAUCUUAUACUAUAGACACCUGAAUGGUAUUUACCAUGUACCUUUACAUACUGUCUACUAAAAGUUUCCAUUCCAAAUCGUAUUCACAUUCCAAAC